AUGUUUCUCCCCACCAAGUGUCAGGUUGCUUCGCUGUCCCCAGAAGACCCACUCAGGCUUAAUGCACGGCUUAACUCCACAAAGCCUCAGGCUCGCGUGGAGUACAACUGGAUCAAGGGGGUGGAAACACUUGAAGAAUAUCAGCCAGGGGAUUACCACCCGGUAAUGAUUGAUGACGUGCUUUAUAGGCGGUACCGCAUCGUAGAUAAACUAAGUCAUGGUGGUUACUCUACCGUCUGGCUCGCUCGAGAUACUGCCCUCAAGCGAUACGUCGCGCUGAAAUUCAACACAGCGGAUGCACAUCCACCACACGGACGCAGUCUGAUACCGGUAGUAUUCGACAAAUUCAAAAUACAAGGCCCUAAUGGAACUCAUGCAUGCUAUACUACAGCCCCCGUACAAUGCAAUCUUAGGGAGAUCUCUUUCAGCCGUCUCUUUCCCCUUGACGUGGCCCGAGCGCUGUGCUAUGGACUUACACAGGCUGUUGCUUACACGCAUUCGCACAGAAAUGUACAUGGAGGUUCAUAUCCACCUGAAAAUAUCAUAAUUAAGUUUCCAUCUAACUUUGACAAUCUUUCCACAAAAGAACUGUACGAAAGAUAUGGCGAGCCUGAGACAGUUCUCAUCAAGCGCUGCGAUGGAAAGCCCCUUACACCUAAUAUCCCAGCUCAAGCGGUGAAGCCUCUAUCUCUAGGAAAAUACGUCGAAACGAUGACUUUGGCCGAUGUACGUCCACUUCUAAGCGACUUUGGCGAGGCCUUCGCUCCUGCCUCAGAAGUUCGACUCGGACAAGACUGUCACAAACCUCCGGCCUUCCGCUCCCCAGAAGCCAGAUUCGAUCCACAAAAACCGCUCGCGUAUUCUUUGGACAUCUGGAGCCUAGCUACGGCGAUAUGGGAGGUUAUGGGAAUGAAACCUCUCUUCAGAAUUGAGAUGGUUCCCGACGAUGAAAUUGUGGCACAACAUAUUGAUGGGAGAGGUAAGUUCUUUACGAAGGAUGGGCAUUCAAAAGACGCAUACGUGGAAAAUAAAUGGCCUCCCCUUGAAGAGAGAAUGUGGAGGGGUGCGCUUGAGGAUGAAGAGAUGUUGCUGUUCCAACCGGAAGCGCGACCGACAGCUGAAGAUGUGCUCCAGUCGGAGUGGAUGGCCAAGUGGGCUUUGCCGGCUUAUGAGCGAAGCUUAAAUAUAUCUGGUUGA